GACAAGGACUUUGGCAAGCAGACUCUGCACAAGGGCCACGCCAACCCGCUGGCGGAGGUGACCACCAGCCUAAAGACAUACCAGCACUUCACCCUGGAGAAGGCCUACCUGGGAGAGGACUUCUUCUGGGCCUUCACCCCCGUGGCUGGAGACUUCAUCCGAAUCCGUUUCUUCACACCUGUCCGCAUCGAGAGGUGUGUGUGUGUGUGUGCUCACAUGCUUGGAUACACACAUACAUGGCAUGCUUGAAUACACACACAUACAUGGACACACCCACACGUGUGAAUGCAUGGGCAUAAACACAUACACACACGCACACACACACACACACACACAGGAUUCUGUGCACAUACACACACUUCACACAUGUCCCAGACUGUCUCUCUCUCUCUCUCUCCACUAGGCCCAUAUGAAUAAUAUUUAUUCCCAUUACUGUCAGGGCAGAUGGUCUGUCUACUCUGGACCCCUCUAAUUGCUAUGGCUCUGUGGUCACCCUUGUUGCCUCAGAGAAGCUUUUGGGGGUUGCGGAUGGUUCAGGCUGCUGUUAAGUACUUGGAUGCACAUGCAUUUAUAGAAAGCAAAUGUAGAGUUUGAUCUUGGUGACUUGCUGGCUGGCUGACUGAUGAUGAUAAUGAUGGUGGAUCAAUUUGUGUUGAAUAUCAAAUUGACAUCCCCCCAUUUGUUGUCAUCUCUUUCUCUCUCACUUUUUCUCUAUAGGUAUUUUUUCAGGAGCGGGAACAUUGAGCACCCAGGGGACAAGCUGUUCAACACCUCUGUGGAGGUGCUGCCUUUUGACGUGAGUCUCACCGCUAUUCACCCGAUUAAUUCCCAGCACAUUAUUAUCAGUAGCAUUUUACAUUACGUACAUAACCUUUAUACCACAUAUUCUAUUUUAAUACGAAACUCGCAGCUAUAAGCCUGAUUCAUCUUGCCUCAGGAUUAUCAGUAGCACUUUACAUUACAUAGACAUUUACUAUAAUACUACUGGAAAUAUAUAUAAAUGUAUAUACACACACUGAACAAAAAUAUAUACGCAACAUGCAACUAUUUAAAAUAUUUGACUGAUUUACAGUUCAUAUAAGGAAAUCAGUCAAUUGAAAUAAAUUAAUUAGGCCCUAAUCUCUGGUUUUCACAUGACUGAGAAUACAGAUAUGCAUCUGUUGGUCACAAAUAGCUUUUAAAAAAAAGGUAGGGGCGUGGAUCAUAAAACCAGUCAGUAUCUGGUGUGACCACCAUUUGCCUCAUGCAGUGCGACACAUCUCCUUCACAUAGAGUUGAUCAGCCUGAUUGUGGCCUGUGGAAUGUUGUCCCACUCCUCUUCAAUGGCUGUGCGAAGUUGCUGGAUAUUGGCUGAAAACUGGAACACGCUGUCGUAUAUGUCGAUCCAGAACAUCCCAAACAUGCUCAAUGGGUGACAUGUCUGGUGAGUAUGCAGGCCAUGGAAGAACUGGGGCUUUUUCAUCUUCCAGGAAUUGUGUACAGAUCCUUGCAACAUGGGGCCGUGCAUUAUCAUGCUGAGGUAAAUGGCACGACAAUGGGCCUCAAGAUCUCGUCACGUUAUCUAUGUGCAUUCAAAUGGCCAUUGAUGAAUUGCAAUUGUGGUCAUUGUCCAUAGCUUAUGCCUGUCCAGACCAUAACCGCACCGCCACCAUUGGGCACUCUGUUUAUAACGUUGACAUCAGAAAACCGCUCGCCCACACAACGCCAUCUGUGGCAUUGUGUUGUAUGACAAAACUGCACAUUUUAGAGUGGCAUUUUAUUGUCCCCAGCACAAGGUGCACCUGUGUAAUGAUCAUGCUGUUUAAUCCGCUUCUUGAUAUGCCACACCUGUUAGGUGGAUGGAUUAUCUUGGCAAAGGAGAAAUGCUCACUAACAGGGAUGUAAACAAAAUUUGUGCUCCAAAUUUGAGAGAAAUAAACUUAUUGUGCGUAUGGAACAUUUUGGGCAUCUUUUAUUUCACCUCAUGAAACAUGGGACCAACACUUUACAUGUUAAGUUUAUAUUUUUGUUCACACUACAUGACCACAAGUAUGUGGACACCUGCUCGUCGACCAUCUCAUUCCAAAAUCAUGGGCAUUAAUAUGGAGAUGGUCGCCCCUUUGCUGCUAUAACAGCCUCCACUCUUCUGGGAAGGCUUUCCACUAGAUGUUGGAACAUUGCUGCGGGGAUUUGCUUCCAUUCAGCCACAAGAGCAUUAGUGAGGUCGGGCACUGAUGUUGGGCGAUUAGGCCUGGUUUGCAGUCAGUGUUCCAAUUCAUCCCAAAAGUGUUCGAUGGGGUUGAGGUCAGGGCUCUGUGCAGGCUACUUAAGUUCUUCCAUACCGAUCUCGACAAACCAUUUCUGUAUGGACCUUGCUUUGUGCACGGGGGCAUUCUCAUGUUGAAACAGGAAAGGGCCUUCCCCAAUCUGUUGCCACAAAAUUGGAAGCACAGAAUCAUCUAUAAUGUCAUUGUAUGCUGUUGCGUUAAGAUUUUCCUUCACUGGAACUAAGGGGUCUAGACCCGAACCAUGAAAAACAGCCCCAGAGCAUUAUUCCUCCUCCACCAAACUUUACAGUUGGCACUAUGCAUUGGGGCAGGUAGCGUUCUCCUGUCAUCCGCCAAACCCAUAUUCAUCCAUCAGACUGCCAGAUGGUGAAGCGUGAUUCGUCACUCCAGAGAACGCGUUUCCACUGCUCCAGAGUCCAAUGGCGGCAAGCUUUACACCACUCCUGCUGACGCUUGGCAUUGCGAAAGGUGAUCUUAGGCUUGUGUGCGGCUGCUCAGCAAUGGAAACCAUUUCAUGAAGCUCCCGACUAACAGUUAUUGUGCUGACGUUGCUUCCAGAGGCAGUUUGGAACACGGUAGUGAGUGUUGCAACCGAGGACAGCACUUGGCUAUGCACUUCAGCACACGGUGGUCCUGUUCUGUGAGCUUGUGUGGCCUACCACUUCGCGGCUGAGCCAUUGUUGCUCCUAGACAUUUCCACUUCACAAUAACAGCACUUAUAAUUAACUGGGCCAGAUCUAACAGGGCAGAAAUUUGACCAGCUGACUUGCUGGAAAGGUGGCAUCCUAUGACGGUGCCACGUUGAAAGUCACUGAGCUCUUCAAUAAGGCCAUUCUACUGUCAAUGUUUGUCUAUGGAGAUAGCAUGGCUGUGUGAUCGAUUUUAUACACCUGUCAGCAACGGGUGUGGCUGAAGUAGCCAAAUCCACUAAUUUGAAGGGGUAUCCACAUACUUUUGUAUAUACAGUACCAGUCAAAAGUUUGGACACACCUACUCAUUCAAGGGUUUUUCUUUAUUUGUACUAUUUUUUACAUUGUAGAAUAAUAGUGAAGACAGCAAAACUAUGAAAUAACACAUAUGUAAUCAUGUAUUAACCAAAAAGUGUUAAACAUAUCAAAAUAUGUUUUAUAUUUUUGAUUCUUCAAAGUCGCCACCCUUUGCCUUGAUGACAGCUUUGCACACUCUUGGCAUUCUCUCAACCAGCUUCACCUGGAAUGCUUUUCCAACAGUCUUGAAGGAGUUCCCACAUAUGCUGAGCGCUUGUUGGCUGCUUUCCCCAACUCAUCCCAAACCAUUUCAAUUGGGUUGAGGUCGGGGGAUUGUGGAGGCCAGGUCAUCUGAUGCAGCACUCCAUCACUGUCCUUCUUUGUCAAAUAGCCCUUACACAGCCUGGAGGUGUGUUGGGUCAUUGUCCUGUUGAAAAACAAAUGAUAGUCCCACCAAGCCCAAACCAGAUGGGAUGGUGAAUUGCUGCAGAAUGCUGUGGUAGCUAUGCUGGUUAAGUAUGCCUUGAAUUCUAAAUAAAUCACAGACAGUGUCACCAGCAAAGUACCCCCACACCAUCACACCUCCUCCAUACUUCACUGUGGGAACCACACAUGCAGAGGUCAUCCGUUCACCUACUCUGCGUCUCACCAAGACAAGGCGGUUGGAGCCAAAAAUCUCAAAUUUGGACUCAUCAGACCAAAGGACAGAUUUCCACCAGUCUAAUGUCCAUUGCUCGUGUUUCUUGGCCCAAGCAAGUCUCUUCUUCUUAUUGGUGUCCUUUAGUAGUGGUUUCUUUGCAGCAAUUCAACCAUGAAGGUAUGAUUCACGCAGUCUCCUCUGAACAGUUGAUGUUGAGAUGUGUCUGUUACUUGAACUCUGUGAAUCAUUUAUUUGGGCUGCAUUCUGAGGUGCAGUUAACUCUAAUGAACUUAUCCUCUGCAGCAGAGGUAACUCUGGGUCUUCCUUUCCUGUUGUGGUCCUCAUGAGAGCCAGUUUCAUCAUAGCACUUGAUGGUUUUUGCGACUGCACUUGAAGAAACUUUCACAGUUCUUGAAAUGUUCCGUAUUGCCUGACCUUCAUGUCUUAAAGUAAUGAUGGACUGUCGUUUCUCUUUGCUUAUUUGAGCUGUUUUUGGCAUAAUAUGGACUUGGUCUUUUACCAAAUAGGGCUAUCUUCUGUAUAUCCCCCUACCUUGUCACAACACAACUGAUUGGCUCAAAUGCAUUAAGAAGGAAAUAAAUUCCACAAAUUAACUUUUAACAGGGCACACCUGUUAAUUGAAAUGCAUUCCAGGUGACUACCUCAUGAAGCUGGUUGAGAGAAUGCCAAGAGUGUGCAAAGAUGUCAUCAAGGGGAGGGUGCUAGAGGGAUCUUAGACCAUUCCUCCAUAUAGAAUCUUUCCAAAUUCUUGAUAUCCUUGAUAUCCUUCGUCUCCGCUUAUGGACUGCCCUCUUUAAUUAAAACCACAGGUUUUCAAUGUGGGUCAAGUCCGGAGACUGAGAUGGGCAUUGCAAAAUUUUCAUUUUGUGGUCAAAUAACCAUUUCUUAGUGGAUGUUGAUGUGUACUUGGGGUUAUUGUCUUGCUGGAAGAUCCACUUGUGGCCAAGUGUUAGCCUCCCGGCAGAGGCAACCAGAUUUUUGCCUAAAUGAUCCUGUUACUUGGUAGAAUUCAUGAUGCCGGUUUGAAUUGAAGAGGGCAGUCCAUAAGAGCAGACAAAGGAUAUCAAGGAUCUGAAAAUAUUCUGUAUGGAUGAAUGGUCUAAGAUCCGCAGGUUGACGUUUAUUGUCAUGAGUCUUGUCCUGGAGGCAGAUUUUAGCAAUUUCCCCUUAGAUAAGCCAUCUGCAAAGUCCAAAUUGGACUAUAUAUAUAUAUAUAUAUAUAUACAGUAUAUGCUUUUUGGUCUUAAUUUAAAGUUAUGGUUAGGUGUUAGGGUUAGCAUUUUGGUUAGGGUUAGGUUUAAAAUCAGAUGUUAUGACUUUGUGGCUGUGCCAGCUAGUGACCCUCCGAACAAGAUUAAUGACGAGAAAUGCUAGCCUGCCUAGGAUCGCUCCCAACGUGUUCUCCAAUCACAUAAAAUGUGUCGUUAUCCUCCCAAGGGGAGGGUGCUAGAGUCCUGAAAACAGGGGUGGCAAUAAUUUCGACCCGUCUUUUUUAAAUUAUUCUUUAUUACUUAUUAAGCAAAAUAAAAUCUCUGAGCAAUUUUUGGGAGCAUGCAAUAUAGUCCCAGUAUUUGUAUUAUUUGUUUUAUAUAAUAUUUUUUGCUCAUAUUUAUCAAGGGUGCCAAUAAUUAUGGACUGUAAUUCUCUCAAGUGGAAAGACAUCUGACGUCAACUUCCAUCUUGUUGACAUAGGAGCACAUAAACCAUGUUGAAAGGCGAGCACCCAGUGUUAAGCCCCAGAGGAUACAGAGAGGGAGAGAGAGAGAGGUGAAGAAGAAGAGAUGAGAAAUGACUCAAGACAGAGCAAGAUUCUCUCUCAAAAAAACUCCCGGGCGGUGGUAAUCAGAUCAGUCUCCCGCCAGCCACGGUUCGAGCGCUUUUGCCUUAAAAUGAUAUUUCAUCCGGCAGGAGGGCUAGGCGAGGCGGGGAUUUCAGAUUAUGCCCCGCAAACCACCGCUCGCCACGACUGAUUAAUAGCACGAUAUCGCUCUCCUCCUGUCUCUCCUCCUGUCUCUCCUCCUGUCUCUCCUCCUGUCUCUCCUCCUGUCUCUCCUCCCUCUCGCUCGAUCUAUCUCUUUUUUAUUAUUUAUUCUCCGCCCUCCUGCACUCAUUCAAUCUAUGAGGGAAGAGUGCAAAUAGGGUGGAGAUGUUGCUGUUUUUGUUGUUGUUCCUCCUAUAGGAAGAAUACAGUGCAUUCGGAAAGUAUUCAGACCCCUUGACAUUUUCCACAUUUUGUUAGGUUACAGCCUUAUUCUAAAAUGGAUUCAAUUAAUUUCCUCAUCAAUCUACACACAAUACCCCAUAAUGACAAAGCAAAAACAGGUUUUUAGAAAUCUUUGCAAAUUUAAUAAAAAUAAAAAACAGAAAUACCUUAUUUACAUAAGUAUUCAGACCCUUUGCUAUGAGACUCGAAAUUGAGCUCAGGUGCAUCCUGUUUCCAUUGAUCAUCCUUGAGAUGUUUCUACAACCUGAUUGGAGUCCACCUGUGGUAAAUUCAAUUGAUUGGGCACGAUUUGGAAAGGCACACACCUGUAUAUAUAGGGUCCCACAGUUGACAGUGCAUGUCAGAGCAAGAACCAAGCCAUGAGGUCGAAGGAAUUGUCCGUAGAGUGCCAAGACAGGAUUGUGUUGAGGCACAGAUCUGGGGAAGGGUACCAAAACAUUUAUGCAGCAAUGAAGGUCCCUAAGAACACAGUGGCCUCCAUCAUUCUUGCAUUUUAAUUUUUUUUGUGGGGGGGGAUUUUACCCCCUUAUUACUCCCCAAUUUCGAUCUUGUCUCAUCGCUGCAACUCCCCAACGGGCACAGGAGGCGAAGGUCAAGUCAUGCGUCCUCCUAAACAUGACCCGCCAAACCGUGCUUCUUAACACCUGCCCGCUUAACCCGGAAGCCAGCCGCACCAAUGUGUCGGAGGAAACACUAUUCAACUGACGACCAAAGUCAGCCUGCAGGCGCCCGGCCUGUCUCUGAAUGUCCUUGAGUGGCCCAGCCAGAGCCCGGACUUGAAACCCGAUCGAACAUCUCUGGUGAGACCUGAAAAUAGCUGUGCAGCGACGCUCCCCAUCCAACCUGACAGAGCUUGAGAGGGACUGCAGAGAAGAAUGGGAGAAACUUCCCAAAUACAGGUGUGCCAAGCUUGUAGCAUCAUACCCAAGAAGACUUGAGGCUGUAAUCGCUGCCAAAAGUCCUUCAACAAAGUACUGAGUAAAGGGUCUUAAUACUUAUGUAAAUGUGAUAUUUCAGUCUUUUUUAAAAUAUAUAUAAAUUAGAAAAAAUGUAUAACCUGUUUUUGCUUUGUCGUUAUCGGUUAUUGUGUGUAGUUUAAUUAGGACUUUAAAAAAAAUCAAUUUUAGAAUAAUGCUGUAAUGUAACAAAAUGUGGAAAAAGUCACUGUAUGUGCUAAUGGAAGUGUUGCAUGUCUUUCAACCCACAAAAAGUCAUGCUUGGCUUAGAAUGGAAAAAACAGGAUGAGAAAGAGAGAGAAAUGUGAUGAAAGAUGAGAAGAAGACAGGAAGGUGAUUAGAGGAGGAGGAAGAAGAAAUUGAAACGAUAAAGAGACGAGAAAGAAUGAGAGAGAGAGAACCUCGCUGUCAGCUGCAGUACAAUGGUGGGAGGGAAAUGUCAUAUUUUGACUAGCGUAAUCACUUGUGUGAUCAUCCUGCAUUGAUUUCUGUUUAGAGCAACAGAAUAGAAAAAACCUCUCAAAAGGUCAGCUUGUUUUCCCUCUUUCCGUCCUCCCGUCCUUUCUCCUUCAUUGCUUUAGAUAAAUGAGUCAAACAGAUACUGUAUUUCUCCAACAGUGUGAUUGGCUAUGACACAGCAGCAAAGCUAAAGAGUCCCGCUUCGUUCGGCUCCCUUUUCUAUGAAGACUUAUUGAUAUCUCUACUCUUUUUUAUGUUGUAAGACGAGAGAUAGUAGUUAGGUGGAUCUGAGCUCAUGCCUAGUGCUGUGAGGUGAAGAUUCUGCAUGCACGCUUGCAUGCCAUCUGCUAACUGAAUAUGGGAGGACAAUAGAGUGGAGUUUGCUGUUUGUGAAUGCAUUGGUUGAUGAUGUAUAGAUUGAAGCUGUGAUCUGAGUGCAGAUCAGGGUUGCUGCUUGCAUUGAUAUUGGUGUGUUGUGCGUUCCUGUGUUGUGUUCAUCACACACCUAUCUCUUCUCCUACAGAACAUCCAGUCUGAGAAAGAGGCCUUGAAAGAGGGGAGAGAGAAAACACCAAAAUACCACAGAACAGAGGACGGCUUUAUCAGAAUAGGUGAGUAUUAGUAUGAAAAACGACUUUACCUGGGUCAUGUACACUACCAGACAAAAGUUUGGACACACCUACUCAUUCAAGGGUUUUUCUUUAUUUUUUACUAUUUUUUACAUUGUAGAAUAAUAGUGAAGACAUCAAAACUAUGAAAUAACACAUAUGGAAUCAUGCAGUAACCAAAAAGUGUUAAACAAAUCAAAAUAUAUUUCAUAUAUACUUCAAAUAGCCACCCUUUGCCUUGAUGACAGCUUUGCAGACUCUUGGCAUUCUCUCAGCCAGCUUCAUGAAGUAGUCACCUGGAAUGAAUUUCAAUUAACAGGUGUGCUUUCUUUAAAGUUAUUUGUGGAAUUCCUUUCCUUCUUAAUGCCUUUGAGCCAAUCAGUUGUGUUGUGACAAGGUAGGGGUGGUAUACAGAAGAUAGCCCUAUUUGGUAAAAGACCAAGUCUAUAUUAUGGCAAGAACAUCUCAAAUAAGCAAAGAGAAAUUACAGUCCAUCAUUACUUUAAGACAUGAAGGUCAGUCAAUACUGAACAUUUCAAGAACUUUGAAAGUUUCUUCAAGUGUAGUCGCAAAUACCAUCAAGUGCUGUGAUGAAACUGGCUCUCAUGAGGACCGCCACAGGAAUGGAAGACCCAGAGUUACCUCUGCUGCAGAGGAUAAGUUCAUUAGAGUUACCAGCCACAGAAAUUGCAGCCCAAAUAAAUGCUUCUUUUUUUUUCACCUUUAUUUAACCAGGUAGGCCAGUUGAGAACAAGUUCUCAUUUACAACUGCGACCUGGCCAAGAUAAAGCAAAGCAGUGCGAUAAAAACAACAACAACACAGAGUUACAUAUGGGAUAAACAAUAACAUACAGUCAAUAACACAAUAGAAAAAUAGAAAGUCUAUAUACAGUGUGUGCAAAUGUAGUAAAUGAUGGAGGUAAGGCAAUAAAUAGGCCAUAGUGCAAAAUAAUUAAUCAGGCCUUCAUGGUCGAAUUGCUGCAAAUAAACCACUACUAAAGGACACCAAUAAGAAGAAGAGACCUGCUUGGGCCAAGAAACACGAGCAAUGGACAUUAGACCGGUGGAAAUGUGUCCUUUGGUCUGGAGUCCAAAUUUGAGAUUUUUGGUUCCAACCGCCGUGUCUUUGUGAGACGCGGUGUGGGUGAACGGAUGAUCUCCGCAUUUGUAUUUCCCACUGUAAAGCACGGAGGAGGAGGUGUUAUGGUGUGGGGGUACUUUGUCUGUGAUUUAUUUAGAAUUCAAGGCACACUUAACCAGCAUGGCUACCACAGCAUUCUGCAGCGAUACGCCAUUCCAUCUGGUUUGGGCUUGGUGGAACUAUCAUUUGUUUUUCAACAGGACAAUGACCCAACACACCUCCAGGCUGUGUAAGGGCUAUUUGAUCAAGAAGGAGAUUGAUGGAGUGCUGCAUCAGAUGACCUGGCCUCCACAAUCCCCCGACCUCAACCAAAUUGGAUAGUUUGGGAUGAGUCGGACGGCAAGUGCUAAGCAUAUGUGGGAACUCCUUCAAGACUGUUGGAAAAUCAUUCCAGGUGAAGCUGGUUGAGAGAUUGCCAAGAGUGUGCAAAGCUGUCAAGGCAAAGGGUGGCUAUUUGAAGAGUCUCAAAUAUAAAAUAUUUGUUUAACACACACACACAGACACACACACCAGACAGGCCUCUGACUGUUGAUUUUAUUAGAAUCCCCAUUAGCCAUCUCCAAUUAUCGAGGGCUCCAAUGCACCGGUUAGUUGCUGCACCAUCUAGCACUUUACAGGAUGAUGGGUCAGUGGUAGGCGUGGAUAAGGGCUACCUUCACAGUUUUUAGUGGACCUUAGGUGUUCUUUCUGAAAUUGUAUGAAGUGCAAGAAAGGUGUUGAGCCGGUGUGCUUUUAUAAUGAAAGCAUUGUGCUCAUUGGAGAGAACGGAUGAAAUGACAUUACAGUCUUCAAAUCAUGUUGAAAUAGGAAGAUGGGUAAAAUGUAAUUCAAAUAAGGUGGAAAGAAGGGUUUGAGGUCAAUUCCGUUACAGCUGAUUCAGUGGCAAGUGUUAGAUACUCCAUGGUUCCUUCCUUAAUUACAGAUCUGAGAGGGGAAAAACACAUAUUGUUGUGUUACAAAGUGGGAUUAAAAUGGAUUUAAUUCUCAUUGGUUGUCAUCGAUCUACACAAAAUACUCUGUCAAAGUUGGAAGAAACAUUAUAAUUUUUUUUAUUAAUGGAAAAUAAAACACUAAUAUAUUUGGGUUAGAUAAGUAUUUAACCUCCUGAGUCAAUGCAUGUUAGAAUCAACUUUGGCAGCGAUUACAGCUUUGAGUCUUUCUGGGUAAGUCAAACCUGGAUUCUAAAAUAUUUGCCCAUUAUUCUUUUUUAAAUUCUUCAAGCUCUGUGAAGUUAGUUGUUGAUUAUUGCUAGACAGCCAUUUUCAAGUUUUGUCAUAGAUGUCCAAGCUUAUUUAAGUCAAAACUGUAUCUAGGACAUGCAGGAACAUUCAAUGUCGUCUUGGUAAGCAACUUCAGUGUAGAUUUGGCCUUGUAUUUUAGGUUAUUGUCCUGCUGAAAGGUGGAUUUGUCUCCCAGUGUCUGUUGGAAAACAGACUGAACCAGAUUUUCCUUUAGGACUUUGCCUGUGCUUAGCUCUAUUCCUUUUCUUUUUAUCCAAAACAACUUCCUAGACCUUGCUGAUGACAAGCAUACCCAUAACAUGAUGCAGCCACCACCAUGCUUGGAAAUAUGAAGAGUGGUACUCAGUGAUGUGUUGUUUUGGAUUUGCCCCGAACAUAAUGCUUUGUAUUCAGGACAAAAGUUAAUUUCUUUGCCAAAUUUGUUGUAGUAUUACUUUAGUGCCUUAUUGCAAACAUGAUGCAUGUUUUGAAAUAUUUCUAUUCUUUACAGGUUUCCUUCUUUUCACUCUGUCUUUUAGGUUAGUAUUGUGGAGUAACUACAAUGUUUUCUCCUAUCACAGCCAUUUAACUCUGUAAAAGGUUUAAAAUCACCAUUGGCCUCAUGGUGAAAUUCCUGUAUCUUUGUAGUGACUGGGUUUAUUGAUACACCAUCCAAAGUGUAAUUAAUAACUUCAGCAUGCUCAAAGGGAUAUUCAAUGUCUGUCUGUUUUUUUUUACCCAUCUACCAAUCAGUGCCCUUCUUUGCGAGGCAUUGGAAAACCUCCCUGGUCUUUGUGGUUGAAUCUGUGCUUAAAAUGUAUUGCUCGACUGAGGAACCUUAAAGAUACAGUAAUUGUAUGUGUGGGGUACAGAGAUGGGCUAGUCAUUCAAAAAUCAUGUUCAACACCAUUAUUGCAUGCAGAGUUAGUCCAUGCAACUUAUUAUGUGACUUGUUAAGCACAUUUUUACUCCUGAUGUUAUUUAGGCCUGCCAUAACGAAGGGGCUGAAUGCUUAUUGACUCAAGACAUUUCAGCUUUUCAUUUUUUGUUAACUUUUUUAACAUAAUUCUACUUUGACAUUAUGGGGCAUUAUGUGUAGAUCAGUGACACAAUAUCUACAUUAAAUCAAUUUUAAAUUCAGGCUGUAACACAUCAAAAUGUGGAAAACGUCAAGGGAUAUGAAUAUUUUCUGAAAACACUGUAGGUGCCGGUACAAUAUGUAUUGCGAUUAUCACAAUUCUAUGUGUUGCAAUUCGAUAUUGUGAUUUUAUUGCGCUUGGAUGUUCCAAACAUAUUGCUCACUAAAUGUCUGCUGCAUAGAGACAAGAGAGCAUGAGAAAAUGUGUUUUGAUCAUUCAUGGAAUAAAGUGCUGAAAACAUUUCCGCUCACUAUUUAAAAAGAAGAUGGAGAACAAGCUAUAGGAUGAAAAAUACCAGAGGUUUGGUGCAGGUAGAGCUGACUAGUGCUAGCUAACUCAACUUAGAAAAAAAUGAUACAAAAAAAAGUCCAAGUAUUGGUAUAAUAUUGUCCAAAAUAAUGCGAGAUGUAAUUGUAUCGAUUCCCCCCCCCCAUCCUUAUGACAUCAUAUAAAUUACUACAAGCGCUCCCACUCAGUCAUUAAUAGUUCAAGCAGGAAUCAAUAUCAGUCUGGCACAGAAGUUCACAUUUGGACCAAAUCAAUUAUUUGUGUGAUGUCGCUAUCAAAAGUUCACCAUGUUCUUCUUCUCCUUCCAGCUCCACUCCUAUUUGCUUUCAGGCGUAGUGUAACCUAAAGCACAGAACUCACUCUAUCCUCCAUAUGUUUGAUUUGAUACUCUACGUUGUGGAACAAGAUUGAUAAGACAGAUAAUUCAUUUUGUAUGGGUAGCAUUUCUGUAGUAGAGCGACAAAGAAAGCAUAGCAAAGCAUGUUAUGGUCACAUUUGAUACCCCCUCCUUGGCUUGAACCAAUUGAAAUGUCAACACAACAUAUCUUGACUAAUAUGAACUCUGUUAUAAUUUAGGAGCCCUUACAGUAUUUAUUGAGGGACAAAUGCAAUACAAUGCUGCAUCAUGACUAUGGUGUUUAUUGAAGAAGUUAAUAGAUUUCCAGCCACAGUCCAUUAGAUAGAUUCGUUUGAUGUAUUGAGCCUCUCUCUCUGUCCUCUAGGAUUGUUCCAUAAUGGGAUCGCCGAGGGGGAGGUAGACCCCACGUUCGGGCCCCUGGAGGCCCUUCGUCUCUCUGUGAUCACAGACUGCCCCGUCUGGGUCAUCCUGAGCGAGGUAAGCCGGCCCAGCCAUCACCCGUUCACCACAGAAUCUUGGGAAUUUUGUCUCGUAAAGAACCCCUUGAAUUUUAGGAAACUUAAAGUGAUAGUUGGUCAGAUGUUUUCAGGCCUCAAAAGUGGUCUAAUAUCAAGUUUAAUCCAUUUUCCAAGCUGUCCUUUGUGCAGGUAUAUCUCUCAAACAGAUGCCUAGUUUUUUUUGUCUCAAGUGCUAUGUCUCGUGCAUUUCAGAUAUUCAUCAAGAAAGCAGAGUGAACUUCAACACCCUGCAGCAAUACCUCAGUCAUCCGUUGGACCGUUCCGCAGAGGAACGGAGCCUUUGCAAGCUAUACUAAUUCUUUAGCUUUUGGCAAUGUUUUUCUCGAGCACGGUCAGAGUGUUCCAUCUUCUGGUGUGAUCUUGCCAUCGCAGGGUACUACUGAGACCGUCAGCCCAAAUCAUGGUUGACAGACCUCAUACGAAGAUCUGCCUAGACGCGUAAUCGGAGAACAUUUGGCCUGCGUGGACGACACACAGGCUACGCUUUAUUUAGGAAACUGUAUUUAUGUGUACAUAAGGGUUUAUGUUUUAAAUAACUGUAAUUACACUGGUAAUUGUCAAAUAACUGGUGAGAUUGCCUCUCCCCUUUUGAUGAGACUAUGACAAUAAAAUAUUGCUGCUUCGGAAUCAAAGACUUGGCUACACAGUCACCCAGAUAUGACAAAAUUGUGCAACUUCAAUAUCCUUUAAUCAUGUAUGACAAAUGUUCCUGGUUUUACCCAAAUGUAUACAUAAAAUAGCUAUGUAUGUGGAUAUAGGCCUAAUAUGCAUAUUUAUGUAACACAAUCAUAUGAAUGAUCUCUGUUAUGUGUGUUGAUAUGUAUAUACAGUGAGUGAGUGUCCACAAAAGUCAAUCAGUAAUGUAGCCUAGGCUUAUACAGUGUAGAAGGAAAUUAAACUUUAGCUAAAAAGUACAUACUUGUCUAAUGUUUGAAUAAAAUGUAUUUAUACGGUCAAUUCUAAAGCCAGAAGUCAAUGUAGGAACAUUAUGAUUAUGGUUCGAACAUCUGUUUGUGAUUUAUUUCAUGAACCAUCAUUGCUAACAUAGUUUUUUCCCCCCCCUCUCCGCCUAUCAAUUUGCCUUAAUGUGACAUGGAGUUAACCAAUUUGUUGGGAUAAAUCAAAGUAAACCAAGGCCAGACAUGAGCUCCUCUAUUGCAUUAGCUAGGAAACCAGAAAAGACAGCUGUCUCGAUAGUACAGGAAACAUACUGUAUAUCUGACUUAGCUGUUGGAUUUGCUCCAUCUGCCACAUAUCAGAUACAUGCAGUUAGUUGUAUCCAAGGGGCCACUGGAGAUACACGUGGCUACAGAGUAAUUGUUUGGACUGGUCGGAUGUAAGAGAAAUAUGUAGCUCUAACCAAUGCAUGAAGAAUAAUCUUUACUGUCAACUGGAUCAAUGUUUCUCAUAAUGACCAUGAAGAAGUCAAGGAAGAACCCCUCUGUCCAAUCUAAGUUCCACUCAAGUGAGGGCUGAAAGCGAGAAACUGUCCAAUAUGACAACCCCUCUCCUUCCACAUAGUCUGCACUACUAUUACAUUAAAUUGGAAGUCGAACUUAUUCAAGGACUGUAAUUGUCCCAACACCAGACUUAUAUAGUACAUCUUCCAAAUAGGCUCUGUAAAUGCAAGGGCUACACAACUUGUAUACAUUACUAUGAUGCAAAGGGUAUAUAGCAGUAAAGGGACACAUUCAUUUGCUAUUGCAUAUUUGGAUCCACAAACGUUUUUUUUCCAGAGCCCAACCACAAAACCAUUGAAAGCUCUUGAUCGAAAUCUAAAGAGUUGUGUCGGCAAAGAACAAUAUUAUGGGAUUUCAGCCAAUACAAGUGGACUGAAAAAGAAUAAGCUUGGGAACCUGUAGCAACAUUUCCUAUCGAAUACCGACUGGCAACAGUUGCUAAUUCUGUUCAACGUCAGCACAGUCUCUCAGCAACAACCGACACAAACUGGUUUUCCGUUCAUUGAGGUGUGCACUCCAGGGCCAGCCAGCGCAAACUGGAGGUUGUGCCAAAACGAUUUGUCUUAGCAGCCCCAUCAAUGUUGUUGGUAUGGCCGCUAUACAAUAGCAGGUGCACGGUUGCAUUAAGUCAAUGGAGGGCAAUGGCCAGAAAAAUCUGAACUGUACCCAAUGACUCUGACCUGCCCUGUGCUAAGGAGAAAUAGUUGUCUUUUCUUGUAAGAGCCACCGGAAUGCAUUGCUAUUAUACGUUGUAUUUUGUAUAAUUUAGAUAAACUAUAUUUAAUUACGUUAUCUUCAAUCCAAUCUGUGAAUUGUAAUAAAGACGGAAUUUUAAUUGAC